AUGACGACAACCUGCCCCUGCCCACCCCAAAUCAAACACCUCUCCUCCACCAUCCCAACAGAGGGCUCAUUCGACUUCGGCUUCAUCCCCACCAUCACUCAACCACUCACCGACCUCUCCAAAUCCAUCGAAACCUGUAAACACCCCUGCCACAACUACAGCCAAGACCUGAAUACCCCGCUCGUCGAUCUGUCCGACGCGGUGCUCUCCCUCUGCCAUGCAGCCUGCACUACCUACGAUCUCCUCGGUGAUGAGCUCAGUACCACCGCUACCGCUGCCGCUACUGGUAAUGGCACCGCUACUCCUGCUCCUACGGUCGAUGUACGGUCUCAGUUGAGAUGUACUAAAUCACCCAUGGUGUUAGGCAGACUCACCCUCCAGGCCGAGGAGGAGGCCAUUCUCGCGCGACAGGUUGUCUAUGCCGUGCUUACGCGCCUGAGUACUCUCCUGCGCGAUGUGUACAUCCGUAGCAAGGAGGCAGCGGGGGCCAGUCCGGUGAAUGGUGCCACUGCCACUGCUACUGCCACUGUCGGGGUGGACUUUGACUUGGGGAGGGUGUUGGGGACGAGAUCGGGCCUGUACGGUCGGGAGGGCGACGGGCCUGUCAGUCAGUGUUUGUCGAGGGUGUUGGCGUUGUUGGGGAGAUUGUUUAUUGAAUGA